AUCUAACCCCCUUUCUCCUAGACUCUGGUUCAUGGUGGAGAAGCCGAAGAGGUACGCCAUGCAGAAGAUGUACUACACCGACUGCGCCCUCCGCCACAUGCACGAAUACCGCUUCAUCGCGCACUUCGAUCCUGACGAGAUUCCGAUGUUGCGACACCACGAUACCUUCCCGCAGUGGCUCUCCGAUCAGCUGAAGAAACAACCCGUUAAGCCCGGCGACGAGAGAAAACAGCCUCCUGCCCACAAGCUGAUCUGGUACUACCACCAGAAAAAUCUCGAACCUGCACCCUCUGCGGCGUCUCUCCCCGAGUACCUGUGGGCGAUGCGACACACCAAGAGGUCGCUGGAGGACAUGGCCGUGUCGACUGGGAAGACCAAACCCAUUUACGACAUGGAUUUGGCUACGGGUCUUUUCUCUCACGAUGUUCUCACUUGCGCUUAUGGAAAGUGCGAGGCAAAAUCCCGUACGCGCAAAAGAGAUGAAGCUUACCUCGCGCACUUCAGGUACGACUGUGAGGAUUUCUGCAAGCAACCCAACUCCACCGUGGAAGAAACGAUUCUUCUGAAAUACAAGGACCAAGUUCUCCCUGCCGUUACGAAAGUUCUCAAGGAGCUUCAGUUGAUUUAGUGUCGGCUUCUCAGGAAGUUCUCUUAGUUAUGCUUUGAAAGUAAUUAGGUUCGCAGUGCUUGUUGUAGCGAGGCAGGUUGUUUCAUAUCAGGUGCUAAACAUUCGUAUUUAUAUUAUCCCUAUUUCAGUAUGUAUCUAAUACAUAUCCACACGGGUCGCAAAAUUGUGCUGGCAACGAUGUUUUCACAAGAAAAGCAAGUUGUCGAGUUAUUACGAACAGUGUCGCAGACUUACUCACGGCCACUCACACACUAUAUUAACAUAUAUCAGAUAUACCCCAAUUCCCCGAAAGUAGUGACUCUAAUUCAUAUCGUAUGUCCACAAGAAAUGUGAAAAAAAUGUUAAGUCAACAUCCACUCCUUCAAAUCAUAAAAUUGAUUCAAGAAAAAUCUCUUAAGAGGCCAAUUCCAUAGCGUAUCCCCGGACGAUCAGCCUAAUGUACCCUGAUUAACAGUUCUAUAUGCAUAAAAAGUCAUUACAAAAUCAUAAAAUUCCACUCAACGAGACUAUAUCCCGAACAAAUAUUCCUUAUGAGGGUACAUUACAUUGUCAAUUUUUUGUUCAGUAAGUCAAAUAUGAAGCUAAAAUUUACCACGGACACACCCUAGUCCGGGAUUUUAAGUAGAUUAAAUAAUAUUGUUGACAAUGUGUUUACAUAUAUUAUUGCAGCAAAAUGUUGUAGCUACUGCAUUCUUUGUAUUCGAGUUGUAUUCUACCGAAACCAAACCACAGCGGCAAUGAUGGUUGACUGUGUGGAGUUUCCGGUGUGACGUGAAUUAGUUUGCUUGCUGCGAAUGUGACUAUUUGGUUCCCGUUACCAAAUCAGAGUUAAUGAUCUACUUAGCAAGGAUCCACCUAGCUCCCUUACCUGUUUUUUUUUCUUUUUUCAUACAAGUUCAUUCUUAAUUCAGCCAUCCGUCUAUGGUACAGAACAACCGAAUCGUUACCCUAAAUGCCAGUUAAACCUUUCAACCAUUACCACCUGGCCAGGUAUGUGCUCGUUAUGGACCGGCGAUACUGUCACACAAGCAUUCUGUUUGUGCUGUGAUAUGAGAUCUUGUUUUGUCUGUAAAUACGUUGUAAAUAGAUAUAUGACUGGUUAUAGCCAUUUAUAUAAGGCUUCCAGUGGCUUAAAUUUCGGCUUUCAUCUCCCACACCACCAUAGCCAUUGCGAGGAUAAAUAUGGUGCAUGCAAAUGUGUUUUC